CCGCAUACAGUAAAGAGCACAGCCGGGUUUAUUCUCGCGCUGUGUCCGUGUCUGGAGCGGUCUGGAGCGGGUCUCUGUGGCGCUAGGACCCGGGCGGGGUGUAGAGCUCCCGGCGGCGGCAGCGGGACUCUCUGGAUCCCGCCUGAACUUCCUCUCACUGACGUCAGCGGCCGCUCCGGACACCGCGCCGAGGAAAAUGCUGCUCUCCGUACCGCCGCGCACGGGAUUCAACCCCUACAGCGGAUACAACAGCAGAAACGGCAAAAAGCAGCAAGCCUAUGUGUCCUCCAGCCAGCAGAUGGCGCUGUCCAGUCCCAACAGUAGCAGCAGCAGUAUUGCAGGAGAACAGCUCAGCAAAACCAACCUGUACAUCCGCGGCCUUCAUCCUGGCACCACUGACCAGGACUUGGUGAAGCUCUGCCAGCCGUAUGGAAAGAUCGUGUCCACCAAGGCCAUUCUGGAUAAAACUACCAACAAAUGCAAAGGUUAUGGCUUUGUGGAUUUCGACAGUCCUGCAGCAGCACAGAAGGCCGUGACCGCGCUGAAGUCCACCGGUGUUCAAGCUCAAAUGGCCAAACAACAGGAGCAGGAUCCCACAAACCUGUACAUCUCCAAUCUGCCGGUGUCGAUGGACGAGCAGGAGCUGGAGGCCAUGCUGAAGUCUUUCGGCCAGGUGAUCUCCACACGCAUCCUGCGAGACGCUAACGGCACAAGCAGAGGAGUGGGCUUCGCAAGGAUGGAGUCCACAGAGAAAUGUGAAGCUAUUAUUCAGCAUUUUAAUGGAAAAUAUAUCAAAACCCCACCAGGAGUUCCAGUGCCUACAGAACCGCUGCUAUGCAAGUUUGCAGAUGGAGGACAAAAGAAGCGACAGAAUCAGAACAAAUACCUGCAGAACGGACGAUCCUGGACUAGAGACGCUGAUACGGGAGGAAUGACGCUCACAUACGACCCGACAGCUUUACAGAACGGGUUUUAUUCAUCGCCGUACAGCAUUGGUCCAAACCGAAUGAUCGCUCAGACGUCUCUGUCUCCAUACAUGCCUUCACAAGUUCCGUCCUACCAGAUGCACAGCCCGUCCUGGAUGCAUCAUCAGUCGUACCUCAUGCAGCCCACAGGUGCUCUUUUGACCCAGGCUCUGGAUCACCAAAUGUCCCUCCAGUCCUCGUCUAUGAUGGGGCCGUUGACCCAGCAGCUGAGUCACCUGUCCCUCGGCAGCACCGGCACGUAUAUCCCGAACGCAGCUCUGCAGGGCACCUAUAUCCCUCAGUUCACCGCAGUGCCUCCCUCUAGUGUCUCAUUAGAGGAGAACAGUGGACAGCAGCAGCAGCAGAUCACCAUCGACACAGCAGCAGAACACAACAACUACUCCUAUCAACACAGCAAAUGAAGCUACCUGUGUGCUGCGGAUGGAGGAGCCGCUGUGGACACACACACACACACACACACACACACACACACACACAACACAGACACUCAUCCUUCAUCUUGUGUUGAGGAGUCACUCAGCCCACAGCGGAGACUGAAUAACAGGAAUAAAAGCCUCAAGAGUCAGCAGGAUCAGGAGGAGGUGAGGAAACACCGCCGCGCUCAUUGUUAACGACCGAUUCUUUACUAUGGGAGGAUGAAAAAAAGAGAACGUUGAACAUGUGUCUUAUUUUUGUGUAAAAUAUGCAAGCUUUUAUUCGGAUUUGUUCUUGGGUCAGCAGCAGCGAGAGAUUCUGUGUUGUUGUACAGAUUUAAGGUGCAUUUUUGUGUUUGCGGUUUGAUAUUUUUUUGCUGAGGAAACCAUUUAAAGCCACUUCUUCACAUCACUAACAGUGAUCCGGUCACUCUAAUUCAACUCCUGCAGCAGACAAUCUUUAACUUAUUAUUUAUUGCAGAGUUUAUCUUUUCUUUUGUUUUUCGGUGCACGCCAGGACAAGUUCAUAUGAAAUAUUAGAUGCAGAAAUAGAUCAAAUAUACGAUGCUGUCCUAUCAAAGUGUGUGUAAAUAUAAUUUUUUUAUUAAAAUCUGAAUUUUUUUAGACAAACAAAACAAAUGAUAUACAGUUAAAGUCAGAAUUAUUAGCCCCCCUGAAUUAUUAGACCCCACCUAUUUUUA